CACCGUAUACUUAAAACGGUAUAUUCGAGAGAUAUAGCCAUCCCCAAGCAAGAGACACUGGGCUUCUUUCGCGAAUGGCGACUAAUAACCGCCCGAAAGGGCUGCUUUUUGACAUCGGAGGCGUCUGCGUUGUCUCUCCGUUUCAAGCAAUUCUGGACUACGAGAUCGCAAACAACAUACCUAUUGGAUGGAUAAACUACGCCAUCCAGCACACCUCUCCAAACGGCGCCUGGCAUCGGAUCGAGAGAGGCGAGAUCAAGCUAGACGCAAACUUCUUCGCGGAAUUCAACCGUGAUUUCCAACAUCAGCAUCUAUGGGAGGCUUUCCAUGAGCAACUGAAGAAGAAGAACCCCCAGACCUCGUCGCCAUCGUCCACGACGUCUUCCGCGCAUCUUCCACUCCCCAAGGUCGAUGCGGAGUAUAUGUUCUGGGAAAUGAUGCGCGUAUCACGAGAAGCAGACCCUUACAUGUUCCCCGCCCUCAAGAAGCUUAAGGAAUCGGGGCAAUUCAUCCUAGGGGCGUUGUCGAACACGACCAUCUUACCUGAGGACCAUCCGUAUAGCAAGAGAUCGGCGAUGCAUGAAGUGAAGCAGAUGUUUGAUUUCUUCAUUUCCAGCGCACAUUGUGGACUGAGGAAACCGGAUCCUAGGAUCUAUGAACUCGCGCUGAAAAAUAUGAGAGAGGAGGCGGCGAAGAAAGGGUUUGGUGGGAUUGCGCCAGACGAUAUAGUGUUCCUGGAUGACAUCGGUAUCAAUUUGAAAUGGGCGAAGAAAGCGGGUAUGAGAACGAUCAAAGUAGAUUUGGGUAAGACCGAUGAUGCUGUGAGGGAAUUGGAGAGAUAUACGGGCAUGAAACUGCUCGAUGACUCGGACAGAGCGAAAUUGUAGAAUUGGUUGAUUGCCUUCUCCUUUCGACGCUUAGAUGAUUAUCGGAUAGAGCUGUACGCGAUUUGAAAUAUCAAAGACAACAAAUACA